CUGAGUUGUGUUGGUGUUGUUAUAGUAACAGAAAGAGAUCUUCAGUACAGAUGACAUCAUCAUACAUCUGGAGGUGGAGUCAGAAGCUGAUGCUGUGAUAUUUUUUUUAAUGUAUUGCCUUAUUGCUGAAUGAACACACACGCACACCUGUGUGAAAACAGAUGUGUAUCACCUGUUUCCUACAUGAAGGUGUGUGUCACAGAGACAGUUUGAUAAGCUCCGCCCCCUGUCUUGAAGAUGAGGGAAAAGCUCCAGCUUCACCUCUGACAGUUACACAGCACUGACACUGGAGACUCCUUCCUCACAUCCACACAGUGGAGUGUGUGUGCUGUACAUGUCCCUGUGAAGGAGCUGUUCCUAUGGAAAUGAUAAGGUAUCAGAGCGAGGUCAUUAAUAUAAAGUUGCACUCCAGUCAAAGCUACUGAUAGAGAGAAUUAAUCACCUUAUCCACCAAUCAGAAUUAAUCGCCCCCUGAUCCACCAAUCAGAAUGAAUCACCACCUGAUCCACCAAUCAGAAUUAAUCACCCCCUGAUCCACCAAUCAGAAUGAAAUCAACUGAUCCACCAAUCAGAAUUAAUCACCACCUGAUCCACCAAUCAGAAUUAAUCAACUGAUCCACCAAUCAGAAUUAAUCACCACCUGAUCCACCAAUCAGAAUUAAUCACCUCCUGAUCCACCAAUCAGAAUUAAUCGCCCCCUGAUCCACCAAUCAGAAUUAAUCACCUCCUGAUCCACCAAUCAGAAUUAAUCGCCCCCUGAUCCACCAAUCAGAAUUAAUCACCUCCUGAUCCACCAAUCAGAAUUAAUCAACUGAUCCACCAAUCAGAAUUAAUCGCCCCCUGAUCCACCAAUCAGAAUUAAUCACCCCCUGAUCCACCAAUCAGAAUUAAUCGCCCCCUGAUCCACCAAUCAGAAUUAAUCACCUCCUGAUCCACCAAUCAGAAUUAAUCACCACCUGAUCCACCAAACAGAAUUAAUCACCCCCUGAUCCACCAAUCAGAAUGAAAUCAACUGAUCCACCAAUCAGAAUUAAUCACCUCCUGAUCCACCAAUCAGAAUGAAAUCAACUGAUCCACCAAUCAGAAUUAAUCACCUCCUGAUCCACCAAUCAGAAUUAAUCACCUCCUGAUCCACCAAUCAGAGUGCAGAACAAUGAAGAUUAAAGAUAAAGGUGAUGUUGAAUUGUUUAUUUAACAUAUGUGAUUAAUUGAUAAUUAUAAUCAUUUUUAGAGGCCAACUACGUUGUAACCAGCUGGACUAGCGGAUCAAGCUAGCUUAACUCAGCUGAAACCUGGUUGUCAUGGUAAUGCCGGAAGCUGUUCUGACAGCAGGGGCAGUUCUGAUAUAGAAAUCCCUGUGUCUAAUGUGAGUUAGUUUAAGCUAAUGAAAGGGAUUGCCGGAGCAGGUGGGGACGUGUCCAAAUGUCCAUAUUCAUGCAUAUUUAUAGCUCCUUGUAUUAAUAAUGAGGCUGAAUAUCUAAAGAUGUAACUGGGGUGAUUGUUAUGUAGAGGCAUACUAAAGCUUCAAUUCUAUGCAGACUAAUUUGACACCUUCAGGCGGAUUUUAAAACUACAGCCAUGAUGCUAAAAUCACAUGCUAAUCUGCUAAGCAUGGAAACCAUGUUUCAGGAUUUAACCGUUAUUUGUACAGACAUGUUGCAUAAACAGCAACUGUUUUAAGGGAACUUCCCAUAAGACGUCUGAGAAUGAAGAACACGUGUGUGUUUGUCUCUGUGUGUGUGUGGUUUGUGUUAGAUUUGAGAAGUUUCAAAACUUCCUGUUUUUGCACCUGAUCUCUAAACUGAGAACAGGAAGCAGAGCAGGAGCUGAAAACAUCAGCGCUCAUAACACGCUGUAAUGCACACUAAUUAGUGCUGCUCUCAGCACCGGCUGAAGAAACAAUGAGUGACUCUGUGGAGAAAAGUUCAGACUCUCCUGCACAGACGGAAAGUUCUGGAGCUGCUGGACUGUUGAACAUCUCUCUUCAGGAGAGGCUGGAUGAUGAGAGUGUGAUCUUUAACGACUCGAGUCUCUCUGAACAGAUCCACUCUGAGCUCCAGGGCCUGCGUCUGGACGACUGCCUCACCGACGUCAUCCUCAGCGUCCAGGAUGAGAAGUUCUCCUGCCACAGAGCCGUCCUCGCUGCCGCUAGCCUCUACUUCAGAGCGAUGUUCUGCACAGACCUGCGAGAGAAACAUGAACAGUGUGUGAACAUUCAGGGAAUCGAUGCAGAGGACAUGAGGAUGCUGCUGGACUACACAUACACUAGCAAAGUACACAUUAGCAAAGACAACGUCCAGAAAACUCUGGAGGCAGCCAGUCUCUUCCAGUUCCCCAGGGUGAUGGAGGCGUGUGCUCGUUUCCUGGCCAGUUCCCUGCACCCGGAGAACUGUGUUGGGAUUCUGCGCCUGGCUGACACACACUCCCUGGUGGAGCUGAAAGCACGUGUGCAAGAGUACAUUGUGCAGAACUUUGGGCAUGUGGUGAAGCAUGAUGAGGUUCUGGAGCUGCCGUUGGACGUGCUGAUGGAGCUGCUGCAUAGAGACGAGCUGGCUGUGAGCGACGAGGAGUGUGUGUAUGAGGCGGCCAUGCGCUGGGUGAAGGCGUGUCACACCGAGCGCCUGCCCUCCCUGGCCCGGGUUCUCGCUCACGUGAGACUACCGCUGCUAGAACCCUGCUACUUCCUGGAGAAGGUGGAGAGCGACGCCAUGAUCCGCUCGUGCACUGAGGUUUUCCCACUUCUACAGGAGGCUCGAGCUUAUCACCUGUCCGGGAGUGAGGUGAUUUCAGAGCGCACUAAGCCCCGCCUUCAUCAGUACCAGUCAGAGGUGUUUGUGAUCAUCGGGGGCUGCACUAAAGAUGAGAAGUUUGUUUCGGAGGUGACGUGUCUGGACCCCCUGCGGCGGAGUCGACUGGAGGUGGCCAAACUGCCCGGGACUGACACCGAGUCAGAGAGCGAAGCUAGGAAGUGGGUGGAGUUUGCCUGCGUCACCUUCCGAAAUGAAGUGUACCUCUCAGGUGGUAAAGAGACACAGCACGACGUGUGGAAGUACAACGCUUCACUGAAUAAGUGGAUCCAGGUGGAGUACCUGAGCACAGGGCGCUGGAGACAUAAGAUGGCCGUGGCAGGGGGGAAGGUGUAUGUGAUGGGGGGAUUCGACGGUGUUCAGAGACUCAGCAGUGUGGAGGCGUAUGACCCCUUUCACAACAGCUGGGCAGAGGCCGCUCCUCUGCUCAUCGCCGUCAGCUCGUUUUCCGCCGCCAGUUACGGCAACUGCAUCUACGUCAUUGGUGGUGGACCAAACGGAAAACUGGCCACCAACAGCCUGCAGUGUUUUGAAGCAGCUAUGAAUAAAUGGACGCAAAAAAGCCCGAUGCCCAUUGACGCUAAAUGCACCAACGCCGUCACCUUCAGGGACUCCAUCUACAUCGUGGGCGGGGCGAUGAAGGCAUUGUUCAGCUACAGUCCAGACACGGACGUGUGGACGUUGGUCACUCAGCUGGGCGGUGAGAGAGCGAGUUGUGGUCUCUCAGCAUGCUGUAAUAAACUCUUCAUCACUGGAGGGAGGGACGACAAGAAUAGUGUCAUCGCCACGGUGCUCUGCUGGGACCCGGACAAGAGGACGCUGACGGAGGAGUGUGUGCUGCCGCGCGGCGUCUCUCACCACGGCAGUGUGACGCUCAGGAAGUCCUACACACACAUCCGCAGGAUCGCACCCACACACACCGAGUGACAUCAUCACCACGUUUACACUGAACUGACCAAAACCCAAAACACUGC